CGCCCUGGCCGUGGCCUUUGGCUGCGCCCGCGCCUCCGAGGACAUCGUCGUGGGCUGCGGCGGCUUCGUCAAGUCCGACGUGGAGAUCAACUACUCGCUGAUCGAGAUCAAGCUGUACACCAAGCACGGCACCCUCAAGUACCAGACCGACUGCGCGCCCAACAACGGCUACUUCAUGAUCCCGCUGUACGACAAGGGGGAUUUCAUUCUCAAGAUUGAGCCUCCCCUAGGGUGGAGUUUUGAACCGACCAGUGUAGACAUCCAUGUGGAUGGCAUUAAUGACAUCUGCACAAARGGAGGCGAUAUUAACUUUGUGUUUACUGGCUUUUCUGUGAAUGGAAAGGUUCUCAGCAAGGGUCAGGAGUUGGGUCCUGCUGGAGUCCAGGUUGUACUGAGAAAUGCUGGCAGUGACAUAAACAUACAGGCAACUACCACCCAGCCUGGAGGAAAGUUUGCAUUCUUUAAAGUGCUGCCUGGUGAAUAUGAAAUCUUUGCAUCUCAUCCCACCUGGACCUUGAAAGAGUCAAAUACAGUGGUGCGAGUGACCAGUUCUAAUGCAUAUGCUGCUAGCCCUCUGAUUGUUGCUGGCUACAAUGUUUCUGGGUCAGUAAGGAGUGAUGGAGAACCCAUGAAAGGAGUUAUGUUUCUUCUUUUCUCUUCCUCAGUCACUAAAGAGGAUGUCAUGGGYUGUAAUAUUUCUCCAGUGGAUGGAUUCCAGUCAAGGGAUGAGUCUUUAUCCUAUUUGUGCAAUGUUGUAUCAAAAGAAGAUGGAUCUUUCACCUUUCUUUCUCUGCCUAGUGGGAAAUACACUGUGAUACCCUUCUAYAGGGGGGAGAGAAUCACUUUUGAUGUUGCACCAUCUCGGCUAGACUUCCUUGUAGAACAUGACAGCUUGCAAAUUGAGCCUGUUUUCCAUGUGAUGGGUUUCUCUGUCACAGGCAGAGUGUUGAACGGUCCUGAAGGAGAAGGAGUUGCAGAUGCCACUGUGACUCUAAACAAUCAAAUUAAAGUGAAAACAAAAGCUGAUGGCUCUUUCCGCCUUGAGAACAUAACAACAGGUACAUACACAAUUCAUGCCCGGAAAGAGCACCUCUUUUUUGAUGCUAUUACAGUGAAAAUUGCACCAAAUACACCUCAGUUAGCAGACAUCAUAGCAACAGGAUUCAGUGUGUGCGGUCGCAUCUCGGUGAUUCGUUUUCCUGACAAACAGAUCAAUAAGUACAAGGUGACCAUGAUGCCUGAAGACAAGGACAAAGCAUYGCUGCUUACAACAGAAACUGACCCUCAUGGGACAUUUUGUUUUAAGGCAAAAUCGGGCACAUACAACAUUCAGGUCAUGCUUCCAGAGGCUGAAACCAGAGCAGGAUUGGCUUUGAAACCCAAAAUAUUCCCUGUUACUGUCAGAGACAGACCAGUAAUGGAUGUAACCUUCUCCCAGUUUCUGGCCUCAGUCUCAGGAAAAGUCACUUGUUUAGAUGCUUGUGGUGACCUAAUGGUGACAUUACAGUCUGUGAGCCGCCAGGGUGAAAAACGCAACCUUCAGCUUUCUGGAAGCAUGGACUCAGUGGCCUUCACAUUUGAAAAUGUGCUACCUGGCAAAUACAAAACGAGUAUUGUACAUGAAGACUGGUGCUGGAAGAAUAAGUCCCUGGAGCUGGAAGUCAUGGAGGAAGAUGUUUCAGGAGUAGAAUUCAGACAGACUGGAUAUAUGCUGAGGUGUUCUCUUUCCCAUGCAAUUACACUGGAGUUUUAUCAAGAUGGAAAUGGACCAGAGAAUGUUGGCAUUUAUAACCUAUCCAAAGGAGUUAAUAGAUUCUGUCUUUCAAAGCCAGGUGUAUAUGAAGUGACCCCACGUUCCUGUCACCGGUUUGAGCAUGAAUAUUACACUUACGAUACAUCCUCUCCUAGCAUACUGACGCUCACUGCAAUUCGACAUCAUGUCCUUGGCACAAUUUCAACAGAUAAACUAAUGGAUGUGACUGUUACCAUUAAAUCAUCCAUUGACAGUGAACCUGCCUUAGUCUUAGGACCCCUGAAAUCUCUACAGGAGUUGCGCAGGGAGCAGCAACUAGCAGAAAUUGAGGUCCGACGGCAGGAGAGAGAAAAGAAGGGUCAAGAGGAGGAAGGAUCAAAGCCACCAGUGCARGAAAUGGUCGAGGAUCUCCAAGGACCAUUCUUAUAUGAAUUUUCCUACUGGGCAAGAUCUGGAGAGAAAAUUACUGUGACGCCUUCAUCAAAAGAACUGCUUUUCUACCCACCUUAUGUGGAAACAGUUGUUAGUGGAGAGAGCUGUCCUGGAAAGCUGAUAGAGAUUCAUGGAAAAGCAGGCUUAUUUCUGGAAGGGCGGAUUCAUCCCGAAUUGGAGGGUGUGGAGAUUGUGAUWGGUGAAAAGGGAGCAACUUCUCCACUCAUCACAGUUUUUACCGAUGCCAAAGGUGCUUACAGUGUUGGGCCACUCCACAGUGACUUGGAAUACACCGUUACUGCACAGAAAGAAGGGUUUGUUUUGACUGCAGUAGAAGGAACUGUUGGGGACUUCAAAGCUUUUGCCCUUGCUGGUGUGACAUUUGAGAUCAGAUCUGAAGAUGACCAAGCUCUUGCUGGAGUUCUCCUGUCUCUCAGUGGCGGGGUGUUCCGGUCCAACCUUCUCACGCAGGAUAAUGGCAUGCUGACUUUCUCCAAUCUGAGUCCAGGGCAGUACUAUUUUAAACCCAUGAUGAAGGAGUUUCGCUUUGAACCAUCAUCACAAAUGAUUGAAGUUCAGGAAGGACAGAAUCUUAAAAUCCGAAUAACUGGUUACAGAACAGCUUACAGCUGUUACGGCACAGUUUCCUCUUUAAAUGGAGAACCUGAGCAGGGAAUCGCUGUAGAAGCAGUGGGACAGAAAGAAUGUAGCAUCUAUGGAGAAGAUACAGUAACUGAUGAAGAGGGCAAAUUCAGGCUGCGUGGGCUUCUGCCUGGUUGUGUGUAUCAUGUCCAACUCAAAGCUGAAGGGAAUGAUCAUAUUGAAAGAGCUUURCCACAGCACCGGGCCAUUGAGGUUGGGAACAGUGACAUUGAUGAAGUUAAUAUUAUAGCAUUUCGGCAAAUUAAUCAAUUUGAUUUAAGUGGAAAUGUGAUUACAUCUUCAGAAUAUCUCUCCACAUUAUGUGUGAAGCUCUACAAAAGUGAAAACCUUGACAAUCCAAUUCAUACAGUCAACUUAGGUCUAUCGCUGUUUUUCCAUUUCCCACCACUGCUCCGGGAUGGAGAGAAUUACGUGGUGCUUCUGGAUUCUACAUUAUCAAAAUCACAGUAUGAUUACACCCUUCCUCAAGUUUCGUUCACUGCCGUUGGAUACCAUAAACACAUUACAUUGAUCUUUAGUCCUUCUAGAAAGCUGCCUGAACAAGAUAUUGCCCAAGGUUCUUACAUUGCGCUGCCCCUGACACUCCUCCUGUUGUUGGCUGGCUACAACCAUGAUAAGCUUAUUCCUUUGCUGCUGCAGCUGACAACUCGACUGCAAGGAGUACGUGCACUUGGACAGGCAGGUUCCGACUCAGGUGGUCCAGAAGAUGUAAAAAGACAAACAAAGAAACAGAAGACAAGACGGACGUGA